AUGAAGCACUUUCUUUUGCAUUUGAUGCAUCUGGUUGCUGACUUGGUCUUUGCUGUGUCUGAUUAUUGCCAAACCCAUCAAAAUACAAGUAAAUGGACAAUUGUGGAUUUUGCUGUUGGGAAAGAACUAAGAAGAAACAAUGGUGGUGGUUUGGUUAAGGGAAGAGAUAAUGGGUCAGUGUUUACAUGCAGCACCAUUAUAUCGAAAAUCAAAUCCAUCUGGAACACUCUAGAAUGGAAACCAUCUCCAACAGCUUGUGUGUUAAAUCUCACUUCUUUCCCAUUCGAACCAACUGGUCGAUGCAUUGGCACCCAAAACAAGGUCCAAAUUUGGGACAGCUUUAAGACCUCCCUUUGCUGCCAAAAUGCCCUCACAGUGUUGUCAAAGGCAUUGGCACAGCAUGCCAGGGAUGGGGAAGGGAACAUCUUCCUCGAUGACGCUCAUUGGAAAAACUGUAGUGGCCCCUUUUUGCGACAAUCUGUUUCUGUGCAGUCCUGUAGAUUAAGUGAUCUCGUCCAAGGGAGUAGUCGAUGCUCUGGCCUUUCAUUGUCAAUAAUUAGGCAGGAGCAAACCUAUCAAGAUGCCUUAAAGAAGUGUUCUCAAUUCAACUCUUCAUUUGACGAUUCUUGUCAAACUUGCACCGCUGCAAUAACAACAGCAAGAGAUAAUCUGUUGGAUUUGUUCAAGGCAAAGGGAAAGGACAGUGAGAAAAAGCUAUGUGGUGUUGCAACUGUUACCUCUAUUGCAGCUGAGUUAAUGGAUGAUCACUCCUCAGUGGAAGAUUUCUAUAGUUGUUUGUAUGCCUUAGAUGUGUUAGACCCAGGUUAUAUCAGAAUGAAAUAUUCUUUGGUGAAAGCAAUAUUGGCUAUUCUUAUAGCAACCAUCGGAAUAAUGCUGGUUGUUAUGCUGAUAAAAUAUGCAACCAAGAAUAAACCAGAUCCAAAACAUGUUCAAACCAAAGAGAUUGCAACAUGGUCUGGCCUCUAUAGAUUCUCCAGGGCUGAGAUUGACAAUGCCAUUGGUCCCGAAAGGGAGUUUCUGGGACGAGGAAGUGCAGGCCAUGUUUAUAAAGGUACUCUACCCAGUGGACAACAUGUGGCCAUUAAGCAGAUAAAUAAGAACACCACAUCCGAUUCUUUCACUCGCGAAGUUGAAGGUCUUUCAAAGGUCCGACAUCCAAACCUAGUUUGCCUCUUUGGUUGCUGCACAGAAGGCGGCGAGCAGUAUUUAGUCUAUGAAUAUUGUUCAGAAGGAAAUCUAGCUCAACAUCUCCUAAAGAAAGAUAACGUCUUACCAUGGCAAAAAAGAGUUCAGAUCGUAAGGGACUGUGCACUGGCAUUGAGAUAUCUCCACCAUCAUAUUGAUGGCUGCAUUGUUCACAGAGAUAUCAAGCUUACAAACAUCCUUUUGACUGGGGAUUUGCAACCCAAGCUCUCUGAUUUUGGGUUGGCAAAGAUGCUGGGAAUGGAGGAGAGCAAAGUAUUUACAGACGUUAGAGGCACCAUAGGCUAUAUGGACCCUGAAUACAUGAGCAAUGCUAAGCUGACCUGUGCUAGUGAUAUCUACAGCUUUGGUAUUGUUGCUCUGCAACUUUUAUCAGGACAGAAAGUAAUUGAGCUUGAUCUUGAUGCCAGAGACCAACUCACAAGAAAGGCAAAGGAUGUCAGUAUUGGUAAACGUCCGCUAACAGAUUUCAUAGACUCCCGGCUGAAUGGUGUUAACUAUGUGGACUUUGAAUCCAUAUUGCAAGUUGCGGUGCUGUGUGUUGCUGGUUCAAGCAAUGGUCGACCAACGAUAGAUGUGGUAUUCGAGGAGAUGGAGAAGGCCUGGAAGAACACAAUUGCUGACAUGAAAGGAAGGAGGGAGAUGAGCUCAUCUGCAACAUCACAAUCCAGGUUAGCAGAAGUGAUGCCAGUGUGACAUGUCCUCCAUCAAAUCCCAGGGCUCAACCCUGGACAGGCGGUGGAAACUACCAAGCUGGAGUGCAGGAGGGGCAGAGGGAAUUUCCAGUGGAGCGGUGAAAUGUGUAGAGAUCGGAAAGAUGUGGUGGUGAAAGGCUUUGGGAUGUUUUGUUCAUCAAGUUAUCGUAGAACAGUGAGUGGGUGUUGAUUAGGGAAUUUUCAUAUAUGUAUGUGAAACUGUAUGUGCUUUGCAGGUUAACUAGUGGUCAUAUGUAAUAAAUUAACAUGGGGGUUCCAGGGAAAUAAAAUAAACCCAAAUAAUAUCUAGUAUGUAGAAUUUGAUUAUUCAAAUUUCCCUUUGUUUUCAUAAAAUGUUGCAUAUAUAGAGAAUGAGAAAGAACUUUUUGUGUACGUGUCAAAUAUG